AUGACUAACUCCAGCGAGGAUGCUCUGAAGCUUGAUGCGGAACCUUCAGAACAUAUCAUAAGACCACGGGUGAUUCCAAUCCCAAGGGAUACCGUGAAGUACAUCUUUGGGAGCAGCCAGACAUUCCAGAGUUUCGAUGAAUCCAGACCAGAGUCUAAGGGGUUAACAGUGCCUCUCAGAGUCAGGGAGUACUAUUUCCAAGGCCAGUCAUGCUUAGAACAAGAGGACUGGGAGAUGGCUGUGCUAUUCUUCUCCCGCGCCCUCCACCUGGAUUCCACUUUGGUAGACUUCUACGCCUUGCGGGCUGAGGCCUACAUCCAGCUCUGCGACUUCUCCUCUGCUGCCCAGAACUUGCGAAGGGCUUAUACCUUCAAGCCAGAGAACACCAAGUACCAGGAGCGGCUCACCUUGGUGCUUUAUCUACAGGGCCAGUGUCUGUUUGAGCAAUGUUCCUAUGAAGAUGCCCUGCAUGUCUUCUCCCAAGCCUCUGAGCUCCAGCCCCAGAAACCCUGCUUCCGUUACCGAUGCAUGGCCUGUCUCCUGGCCCUCAAACGGCAUCAGGACUGCCUCACGCUUGUCACUAAGGAGCUGAAGCAAGUUACGACCAAUGCUGAUGUCUACAUUCUCCGGGCCAGACUCUACAACUUCUUUCACAAGCCCAGUCUCUGCUACCAGGACCUGCACAACACCCUGCUGCUGGAGCCCAAGCACCCACAGGCCAAGGCACUGCUGAGGAUGAUGGUGAACCAGGCCCACCAGGCGCACCAAGAUGCAGGAAUCCUUGCUGUACAGGGCAACAUGCAGCUUGCGCUGCAGCGCAUCAACUGUGCCAUUGAGAACAACCCUCUGGACCCCAGCUUCUUCCUCUUCCGGGGCACCGUGUAUCGCCGGCUCCGGGAGUUUGAUGGUGCUGUGGAGGACUUCCUGAAGGCACUGGACAUGGUGCCUGAGGACCAGGAGGACUUGGUACGGCAGGUGCAGCGCCAGCUACUGCUGGCCUACAAUGACUUUGCGGUGCACUGCUACAUACACGGUGCCUACCAGGAGAGCCUCCUGCUGCUCAACAAAGCCCUGAAGGAUGAACAGGGGGAGAAGGGCCUCUACAUCAACCGCGGUGAUUGCUUCUUCCAGCUGGGCAAUCUGGCCUUUGCUGAGGCGGAUUAUCAGCAGGCGCUGGCGCUGAGCCCACACGACCAGGGCGCCAACCUGCGUAUGGGCAUGCUGCACGAAAAGAUGGGCUGCUGCGAGCAGAAGCGCAGGCAGUUCCACAAGGCAGAAGACCACUUCACCAUGGCCAUCCAGCACAGCCCCCAGAAGGCCCGGUACUACCUACAGCGGGCCAAGAGCCGACAGCUGCUGCAGAACUUUUUUGGGGCCCGCCAGGACGUUGCCACUGUCCUGCUUCUCGAACCUGAACAACGGCAGCUGCUCCCACUGAUGACCAGCCUCUUCCCGGGCAUGUCGGUAAAUGAUGUGCUUAGCAGCCAGGUGGCCUGCCUGGCCAAGUUCCAGCUGAAACAGGCGGUGGAGAAAAGUCUACAAUUCAGCAUCCCAAAAGACAUUAUGGGGUUGCUCAAGGAGCGGGAAUUAGAGCGCCAGAGGGCCCGUGCCCUGCAGCAUACUUGGAAGCUGGAGCAGCCUUCCUCUGAAGAGCUAAAGGCUACCAGCCAGGCUCUGCAGGAAGGCCCAGGGGAAGAAACUGAGGUCCCAGAGAAGGGAAAGGAGGAGGAACCCAAACAGCCCCCUGAAAAGGGGUCAUCCUUGUCCAGCGGCUACUUUGACCAGACCUCCUCGGAUUCCAUUUUGGGUUUCAGAGGCACAUCCAUCUCGGAGACAGGAAUGUCCACUACCUGCCAGGAGUACAGGAGCACUUCCACCACUCCCCUGACAUUCUCCAGCUCCUCAAUGCUGAAGAUUCACUCCUCAGACUCUGGGGCCAAUGGAAAGAAAACACGUCUGACUGAGAGCCACAGCAAAGGCUGGAGCCUUGGGAAGACCCAAGACUCCCAAGGCUCAAGGCAGAGGCCCAGCAAGACAGAAGAUACCCAGGGCUCAGGGUGGAGGGUCAGCAAGACCAAGAACCCCCAGAGCUCAGGGCGGAGGUCCAGCAAGGCCGAGGACGCCCAUGGUUCAGGGCGGAGGUCCAGCAAGACCAAGGACACCCAUAGUUCAGGGCAGAGGACCAGCAAGACUGAGGACUCUCAAGGCCCAGGGUGGCAGGCUGGCAAGACUGAGGAUACCCAGACCAAGGACACUCAGGGCCCAAGGCGGAGGCUCAGGAAGGUCAGGGCUGCCCAUGGCCGGAGGUGGGGACCCAGCAAAUUUCCCACCCAUGGCCAGACCUGGGGAUUGAGUCGAAGUUGUAGCAAGACUAAGGAUUUCUGUGACCUAAGUCAGGGUCCCUGUAAAACAGAUAUUACUCAGGGCAGACGGCAGAGGCCCAACCAGAACAGUACCAUCCAGUACCAGAAUUGGGAACUAAGCCCAUGUUCCAGCAAGGAUGAGGUGGUUCAGGGCCAGACCCAGAGACCCAGUAAGGCCAAAGAUGCUCAGCAUUGGAACCACAGACUUAACAAGGCUGAAAGUCUCCAAGGCUGGAGCCAAGAACCAAGCCUAAGACCCAGCAAGAUGAAGGCUGCCCAUGGCCCAAGCCAGAGCCUCAGUAAGACUGAGGCCAUGCAGGGCUCAAGCCAAAGUCUCCAAAAGGCUGAGUCUGCCCAGAACUGGAGCCCAGAACCAAGCCAAAGUCCCACUCAGGGCCUGAGCCCCAGUCCCAGCAACACCAAGGUUGACUGGAGCUCCAGCCCCACUAGGAAUACUGCUCCCUGA